CGAGACCAAAACAAUGGCGACGUCCAUGGACGCUAGCUAAUUCUGAAAUAAGAUCGUUUUCAUUUUCAUUUUCGGCAUGAUGUUAUGUUGCAGCUCUAAAUUGGUCUUUAACUGGAUGUCUUCACCAUGCUUGCAGAGGCUCUCUGUCUUCCACUUGGUAGGCAUAACGAAGAAGCCCUUCUAUAUCAGUACCAUAUUUCCCCAAAGCAAACUUUUACAGUGUACUCCUCAUCACUUCCAGUGCAACAGCAUGGGUCCAAGCACUUCCCAGUCCUCAGCUGCUUUAACACUGAGUCGUACAGACACUGUAGAUCCAGGUCCUCCAUCUCCUCCGACGUGCUGCUGCAUGAGUGGCUGCCAUAACUGUGUGUGGAUCGAGUACGCAACAGAGCUGCUGAAGUACUACAGGGAUGGUGGAGAAAAAGCACUGGCUGCCAUGGAAGACAAUGUUCAUGAUGAGAACCUUAAGACUUACCUCAAAAUGGAGAUCCGGCUACUGAAGAAAUCAUGAUUUAUUUUUUUUUUUUUUCUAUUUAUUAUUUGCAUGACUGAAUUUUAUUUCGCUUUGUGGAUCCGUUAUAAGAUGAUAAGUAGUGUGUAGCAGGAGACACAUCUUAAGUCCCUUUUGCUAGUGAAACCAUGGGCUUGUGGCGGUCUGUUUGUCCUAUGAAUACCAAAAGUGGUAUAAGGUUCUUCAGUUACAUGAUCAGUUCAGAUCCCUACCACAUACAUUUAUGUAAAAGUAGGCCAGUAAAAUUUUAUCUUGGUCCGUAGUACUGGAAAAAGGGGAGAGCAGCUGCCUGCCAAAUCCCACAUUCAAAACCAGUUACAGUAGCUCUUUCAGGAAGAAAACUCAUCUGGGCCCAUAUUUACAAGCAUGUCAGAUUUGGAUAUUGCUCCUAAUACCCAUAUCUUACCUAUGCGGUUUGACUUAUGGUAAGAUGCGGUGUUAGCCACCGUAAGACGCCGCGAGUGACCGCCUGACCGUCCUGCGAAGUUCUGCAAGGUCCAUGAGCUUCCGCAAGGGCCAGCAAAAAAAUAAACGUUUAAUUUUCCGUGCAGAAAGAUGUAAAAGCGCCAAAACUUGCGGUAAAUCAUGAUGAACCGUACUUCUGGUCGAAACCGCGUAGGUGAGAUAGGUGUAUAAGUGGGCAAAAUUCUUAAAGUGAUGCAGUUUUGAUCUUCCUUUCAGGAGUAAAAGUAAAAGCAUUUAAUCAACAUUCUUAAAAUAGGAAAUCAUCUCUAUCAAAGUGUAGGAGAGCUCCGGAAGUGUCCUAGCGGGUUAUGAGUAGCGAGGAAAUGGCAUUUAGGAGAGACAUUUUAGUAACACUGUGUGAGACAGAGCUCAUAAAAGUUACGUUUUGAUGGAAAUCAACUUUUAAAAAAAAAAAAAAACAUCAUGUGCAGGAUGCAACUGGUCCAUUAACAAACAUUUUGUUUGCUGUCUCUACAGGUGACUGCUACUUUAUUAUAAUUAUUUUUUAACAGCGAAGAUACAGCUUGAAACAGCUGUGAUUGGAUAAGUCUGAUUAGGAUAACUUAAUGCAGCUGAGUGAUGCAUCUAAUCGUAUAGUCAACCAUGUAUUGCACAAAUGUGUUGUAUUCAGAUACAUAUUUUCUAUUUUACAUGUGUUUUGUGAAAGCACUUUUAUCCAAAUAGAGCAGGAGGCCAAGUAGUGGUUUUUUUCGUAAUCUGGAGUCCGAUUUUUCAACUCAGUUCCCAAACUGAAUACUCAAUUAUUAAAAAAUAUAUUAUCCACUAUUG